AUCAGGGAGACAGACAUACAAGUAGAUAAACUGCUGUGGUUUGCUCCAGGUGUUUGUGAAGGGAGAGGCAGACUUUCUAGGGGAUCUAGAGAAGACUGUGCAGUGGGUGCAGUGGGUGAUUCUGAGCUGGAGCUGGCAGGAUGAAAAGGAGUGUGUCAGACGUACUUUGUUCCAAAAUGGCAUCUUCCUUUUAUGGAGUUCUCUUUGCUGUUAGUCUCUGUGCUCCAAUCUACUGUGUGGCCCCGGCCAAUGCCCCCAGCAGAUACACCCAGCCUUCCUCCACAAAGAGCAUCCCUGCCUCACAGGUGUAUUCCCUCAACACCGACUUUGCCUUCCACCUGUACCAUAGGCUAAUUUUAGAGACCCCGAGCCAGAAUGUCUUCUUCUCCCCGAUGAGUGUCUCUACAUCCCUGGCCAUGCUCUCCCUUGGGGCCCACUCAGUCACCAAGACCCAGAUUCUCCAGGGCCUAGGCUUCAACCUCACACACACACCAGAGUCUGCCAUCCACCAGGGCUUCCAGCGCCUGGUCCACUCACUGACUGUCCCCAGCAAAAACCUAACCUUGAAGAUGGGAAGUGCCCUCUUCGUCAAGAAGGAGCUGCAGCUGCAGGCAAAUUUCUUGCACAAUGUCAAGAGACUGUAUGAGGCAGAAGUCUUUUCUACAGAUUUCUCCAACCCCUCCAUUGCCCAGGCGAGGAUCAAUAGCCAUGUGGAAAAGAAGACCCAAGGGAAAGUUGUAGACAUAAUCCAAGGCCUUGACCUUCUGACAGCCAUGGUGCUGGUGAACCACAUUUUCUUUAAAGCCAAAUGGGAGAAGCCCUUUUACCCUGAAUAUACAAGAAAGAGCUUCCCAUUCCUGGUGGGCAAUCAGGCCACUGUGCAUGUCCCCAUGAUGCACCAGAAGGAGCAGUUUGCUUUUGGGGUGGAUGCAGAGCUGAACUGCUUUGUGCUGCAGAUGGACUAUAGGGGAGAUGCCGUGGCCUUUUUUGUCCUCCCUGGCAAGGGCAAAAUGAGGCAACUGGAACAGACCUUGUCAGCCAGAACACUGAGAAAGUGGAGCCGCUCACUCCAGAAGAGGUGGAUAGAGGUGUUCAUCCCCAAAUUUUCCAUUUCUGCCUCCUACAGUUUGGAAGCCAUCCUCCCAAAGAUGGGCAUCCAAAAUGCCUUUGACAAAAAUGCUGAUUUUUCUGGAAUUACAAAGAGAGAUUCCCUGCAGGUUUCCAAAGCAACCCACAAGGCUGUGCUGGAUGUCAGUGAGGAGGGUACUGAGGCCACAGCAGCCACCGCCACCAAGUUCAUAGUCCGAUCGAAGGAUGGUCCCUCUUACUUCACUGUCUCCUUCAAUAGGACCUUCCUGAUGAUGAUUACAAAUAAAGCCAUAGACAGUAUUUUCUUUCUAGGGAAAGUGGAAAAUCCCACGAAACCCUAGGUGGGAAAUGGCCUGUUGACUGAUGGCACAUUCUAAUGCACAAGAAAUAACAAACCACAUCCCUCUUUCUGUUCUGAGGGCGCACUUGACCCCAGUGGGACUGCAUUCGCUGGCAGGGAUCAAUCACCAAACCAUCAACAGGGACCCCUGUUGUCACAAGCCAACACCCAUUCACCCCAGUCAGUGCUCUUUUCCACAAAUUCUCCCAGGGAACUAGCUUCAUGGGAUGUUGCUGGGUUGGUAUAUUUCCUUUCCUUGGGGCUCUUGGGAAUGAAAAUACACCAACCCAGGCCAGGAACCUCUACUGCAGAAUUACAUUAACACAUUCAAUAAAACUAAAAUAUGAAUUCACUUGUCA